ACGAGAGAUACAACAGCAACAACGGAUACAAUAGCAGCAGCAGCAGCACCAGCACCAGCACCAGCAGCAAAAGAUACAACAGCUACAGAUACUUGUAACUAAAGUGACAUGAGGCCUUAGCAACAAAAACAACAACAACAGCAACAACAACACCCAACUACAGCAACAAAAGUCACAGCAACAACGGAGGGAACCGUAGAGCACUAAAAACCAAAUUACAAACAAUUAAAAGAGAAAACGACGAAGGAUCUUCUAGAGAGCUUGACAACGGUAGAGGCGGCGCAGCCACACGCAAAAAGGACCCCCCGCACACAGCAAGGAACAGAAGUAGGAGGAGUAGCAGCAGGAACUGUAACAGAAGAGCUGGAGGUGGAAGUGGAGAAGUAACGCAGCAGCCACCUACAUGCCCCAAUGCCAGGAGCAGCAGCAGCAGCACCACCACCACCAGAAGCAGCCGAAGCAGCCAUGUUUAUGGCCAACUAAAACUGAACAGCGGCCCCAAAAGCAGACCAGAACGGGCAUAACAGAGCCAGCCCCGGCCAAGACCUGGCCAGGGCACAGUAGUGACACAUAGUCCAUCAUCUGCAUUCCACCCAUUGCCAGGACCUUUGUCUUUCUGUCGCAUCACAAACAGGCAAACAAACAAUAGCAACAACACCACGAGGCAAAGGCAAAAGAAAAGGCGGAGGCUGAGGCUGAGGAGGAGGAGGAGAAAGAGCAAGAACACCACUAAAGGCGGCAAUAAAAAGUUUGCUUUGUUUCUGGGUGUCGACACAUUCUUGCUUUGCUCUCUGGCCAAAACGCCUACCCUCCUGUUAGCCAGAAAACCAAAAACGGUGUCGUCCUUGUCAGCCGCCUCUGGGCACUCAAUUAGGCCCAAUUCAACGCAACUUGAAAGCAACUACAGCAACAAUAGCAACAUCAGGGAACAUCAACAGCAGAACGAGUGAAAGGAGCAGUAGCAGGACAAGCAUCAGCAGGACCAGGAGCAUUAGAGCAGUGAAGCGACCACGCCCACGCAGGGGCCAGCACACACAAACGGCGACACCAAUCUGACUACAAGUGACAACGCCCACAAAAGGUGGGGCGUGGGGGGCAUCGAGUUGAUGCCACAAUGAAACUGAGCGUGAGCGCGUAUCGGGCGCAUGCAUCCGCACACAAGAAGAUCCUCUCCAGCGGCUAUCACUCACAGCUCAAUUACGGCAGCACUGGAGCAGCAGCAUCAUCCUCGUCGUCGGGGGCCACUGCAACGGGCCUAUAUACGAUGGAAACGCACGAUCACGAGCACGGCGCUGGGAAGUUCGUCAAGGAUGUGGCACGCCAGAUUCACGACUGCAACAGCGACACGGAUGUCAUAAGUCCAACGGGGACCAGUAGCUCUGGCGGUGGGGCUGGCGGGGCCAGCGGUGUUGCCGGUGGUGCUGCCGCCGGCGAAAGCUCUGGCGGCUAUCACAAGCGACACCAUAAGAUGGCCCGUGACGAUGACAACCACAGUGCGCCGCAUUCCUCGGAUAGCAAGAGUCCCAGUCAGAGAAACAAACCAAAAAUGAAAAACUUUGGAAACUCGUUUAGGAAAUCGCGUAUCGGAGAUGGAGCUUCAGAUCCAGAUUCCGAUUGGACACGAUCGAACCAACGCUGGAUGAAGCUACGCACCACCGUUCAGAUCUCGUCGGCGAUACAGAAAAAACCACCGCUCAAGCGCGAAGACUCCUUCCUGAAGCGUUUCUCGACUAGACAGAUACCCGAAACACAGGAAACUGUUGAAGAUACGGGUUCAGAAAGUGCCUCUGGUGACGUCGACAAAAGUGUUAAACGUAGACGACGCUAUCUGCAGAAACGACGAUCCGUUGUUAAUCCAGAUGAAAAUUUUUACUUCUAUUGGCUAAUGAUGGUAACUGUAUGUGUUCUGUAUAAUCUAUGGACCCUAAUUGUGAGGCAGAGCUUUCCUGAACUGCAGCAAGCUGUGCCAACCUUUUGGCUUAUCUGCGAUUCGAUGACAGAUGUUGUAUUUAUCUUAGAUAUAAUAGUUCAAUUACGCACAGGCUAUCUGGAGCAGGGCCUAAUGGUAUAUGAUGACAGGAAGCUGGCCUGCCACUACGUUCACUCGCGUGACUUCAUCUUCGACAUGAUAGCGCUGAUACCAUUGGAUCUGCUUCAGCUCAAGAUGGGCACCCAUCCGCUUUUGCGUUUUACGCGCUUUUUUAAAGUUUAUCGAUCUGUGAGAUUUUAUUACAUCGUAGAAAGUAGAACAGUUUGGCCAAAUUUAUGGCGCGUUGUUAACCUAAUUCAUAUCCUGUUAAUAUUGGCACAUUGGUUCGGUUGCUUCUAUUUUUUACUCUCAGAGGCGGAGGGUUUCCAGGGUGAUUGGGUCUAUCCUUACAGGCCGGGUGACUAUGCCACCCUCACGCGGAAGUAUCUGGGCAGCCUCUACUGGUCCACCCUGACGCUGACCACCAUCGGGGACCUGCCGACGCCCGAGACGAAUGCAGAACCGAACUUUUCGGUGGACGGCCCAAGAUCAAUACCUAGACGUGGCAUUAAAUCACGCCUGCUUCAGUUUGGCUCUAGCUAUGGAUAUAUUUUUACGAUCGUCAGUUAUUUGAUUGGUGUUUUUAUCUUCGCGACAAUUGUUGGCCAAGUGGGCAAUGUGAUAACGAAUCGGAAUGCGAAUCGUCUGGAGUUCGAACGUCUGCUGGAUGGGGCCAAGACCUACAUGAGGCAUCACAAGGUACCGGGUGGGAUGAAGCGUCGCGUGCUGCGAUGGUACGACUACAGCUGGUCGCGGGGGCGGAUACAGGGUGGCGGCGACAUCAACACAGCUUUGGGCCUGCUGCCCGACAAACUGAAAACCGAAUUGGCCUUACACGUGAACCUGAGUGUGCUGAAGAAGGUGACCAUAUUCCAAGAGUGCCAGCCGGAGUUUCUGCACGAUCUCGUGCUAAAAAUGAAGGCUUACAUCUUUACGCCGGGCGACUCCAUCUGCCGCAAGGGUGAGGUGGCCCGCGAGAUGUUUAUCAUCGCCGAUGGAAUCCUGGAGGUGCUCAGCGAAACGGGCAAGGUGCUGACAACAAUGAAGGCUGGCGAUUUUUUUGGCGAGAUCGGCAUCCUCAAUCUGGACGGGCUAAACAAGCGCACUGCGGACGUUCGUUCUGUGGGCUACUCGGAGCUCUUUUCGCUUUCUCGCGAGGAUGUACUGGCAGCCAUGAAGGACUAUCCGGAUGCGCAAGAGAUCCUCCAGACUCUCGGACGCAAGCGUCUCAUGGAGGUGCGUUGCGUGAACAAGAAGUACGCGAAGGCGGCGCUCGAAAAGGAGAACGCGGCCUAUGCGGCGGCCCAUCCGCACCACCAUCAGGCCCAUCACCAGGGACAGGUGCACCAGAGCGAUAGCAGCGAGAACAGUGCAUCCAAGAAGAUUGUGGACAAGCUGAAGCACGAUGUGAAAGGCUUUCGUAAUGUGCUGAAGAAGUCCAGAACCUCCCGGAAGAGCGACGAGUCGCUGGAGAUGCAACCGCUGCACAACACCUCGCCCCGCGGCAGCAAGAUCAUGCUGAAGCGCAUGUCUCGCGUACGCUCGGACGAGAAGGACGCAGACACCGCCGAGGCCAAGGACGAGCUGCACGACAAGACCCCCAGUCCGAUUGGGGCCGGGCUCCCAUUGCUGCAGCGUUUGCGGCUGCUCAAGGAAAAGCAGGAUCGCGAAGAGCGAGCUGUUAAGUCCACACCACCACAGAAAUCUCCACCUCACUCACAUGUAACGUGUACGUUAUCGCCGCAGGAAUCGAUACAGGAAGAGCCCGAACGAGAGUUCAACGAAGGCUUUCCCCUGAUCCAGCGAUUGCAGCAGUUGAAAAUUAAGAACGAGCCGCAAGCGAACGCCGGAGGCGAUUCCGGCCUCGUAAUGGUCAAGACGCCUCCCAGCAUCAGCAGCAAGAUUGACUUCGGAGGAGCGGCAGCAGCCGCAGCAGGAUUGGGAACAGGACUGCCCUCGGGAAGUCAGCUGCUGACAGUCGCCCAGAUCAAGCCCAUCAUGAAGGUCUCCUUCAAGCAGAAGAUACAGCAGAUGCAGGGCGGCGGGGCAAGUGGAUCCUCGCCGGGUCCCAGUACCGGAGCGAUAGCCAAGAAGGAGCCGCCCAAGUCGCUGGCUCUGAUUGCCAAGCAUGCUUCAACGUUGCCCCUACAACCAGCGAUCUUAGCGGAGGAAACAGCAUCGGGGGGUGUGGGAUUGGGAGGGGGAGUAGGACCUGGCCAAGCCCUGGCCAUAGCCACGAUAUCGAAGAAGGUGACCAAGCCGUCCUACAAGCUCAACACUCCCAUGCAAUCAGACACGGACACUGACGGCACGCCCAUCUCCAAGCCCUGGUCCAAGCUGAAGCUAGCGACGCUCAUGUCCUCCAGCUACACGAGCCUCACCAACUGUUCGCCGGACGACCUGGCCACGCCCCUGAAAAACUACUCGUUGAGCAACAUUCCGCAGCAGAUGGAGGCCACCGCCCAGGCCCAGUCCCAGUCCCUGUCCCGUCCGCGUCACCACAGUGCCAGGAGCAGCUCCAAAUCGCCCCGACACGCCCAUGGUCAUGGCCACGGUCAUGACUCUACCAGCAACACCAGCUCUUCGGCCAGCCAGGCGAGCACCAAGCGGGAGUGCCUGCGCCUGCAGAAGCCCGAGCAGCAGCUGCCGGAUGGAGAACUGGCUGAGCCGCGCCGAAAGUUCUACCAGAGCGUGUUCGACCUGUCGCCGGAGUACAGUGGCCUGCCGUUUGUCAAGCGGCUGAAAAUCCUCAACGAGCGGCAGAAACUAGCGGAGCUGGAGAAAGCCCUACAGACACGCAGCUUCAGCCUGGACUGCUCCAAAUCCGACCAAGGAGGGAAUCUGCCUAUCACGGAGUCUCUCUAUCGCUGCUACAGCGAUACCUCCGGCAUCUACUCACAGUUUCUCAGUGCCUACGAGUCCACCACCAGUUCCACAUCAAUAUCGACCAAUACAUCCGCCUCGGCAUCGGCAUCGGCCUCUGCAUCAGCAUCGGACACCGGCAACUCCCGGCACGGACAGAUGCAGUACGUGCCGCUGCCCCUCAGCCCGGAAUCGAAUGAAACCGUCGAGCGUCGGAAACUAAAAAGCAUACUCAAGAAGCUGCAGAAGGGCGGUGGCAGCGGCAAUGGCAGCGGAGGCGGCAUCGGCGGAGGUGAUGCCCAAGACGAGGCGACUGCCACAGUCACAGCCACGGCGCACGCGCACGCGUCGAGAGGGCUGCUGGCGGAGCCGACCUUGGAAGGCCCGCCCGCCAGUGCCAAAGAGGAAGGUCAGUUCGCUGCCUUUGGCGGCGCUUCCGGCGUGGCCCAUUCGCAACAUUCGCAGCACGCGAUCGCGUUAAGUCCGAGUAACGGUAACGGUACCGCUAACGGUAACGGUAAAAAUGCGUCUAAUGGUAGCGGUAGCGGUAUGGGUACCGCAGCUUUCUCUUCUAAUCCGAUGUAUCCGCUUCCGAUUCCGGUUGCGGUUCCACUUCCGGUUUCCGAGACACACAUAUGGUCGCCGACGUUGACGUUGGUAACGCCAACGAAUUCGCCCCAAGAGAGUUUCGCGUUCGAGCUGCAGCCCCAGAGUCAGUCUCAGCCGCAGCCGCAACCUCAUCAACAGUUCCCACCUCCACCUGUAUUGGAGGGCAGUGAUAGCGACGGCAUUGGCGGACUCGUUGCUGGCGUUGGCAGCGCCUCAACGUCGUCAGCCUUAGGAGCAGCGGCCUCAUCAUCACUCUUAUCAUUAUCAGCAGCUGGAGCAGCAGGUGGAGCAGCAGCAACAGCGGCAGCAGCAUCGACCUCAUAUGUCGUCGAAUGCUCGUCGUCGUCGGUGUCAUCGAAAUCGAAUCAGAUACUCUCACAGAAUACCGAAUUUCAUGCUCAAUCCACAACAUCCACAGAUUUGAAUUUGAAUUUGCAGCUCAGACAGAACACCACCACCUCCACCACGAACAAUGCGUUGGCUGGUGGCAGCCAGGGGCCCAGGCCCGAAGGAUUUCCAGAAGCGCAGGACUACUUCAAUCAGAUACUCAGCGGCAUCAAUCACGUGAUCAAGACGCACAUGAACGAAAUGCACUCGAAAUUCGAGACGCAGUUCUCGAGCAUGGCCGGGGAGGUGCGCCGUCGCGAUGCCAUCAUUGCCCAGCUCCAGCUGAAGCUGCGAUCCAUCGAGCAGAAGUCUUCUUCAACAGCUUCAUCCUCGGCUGCAGUUCCAUCCUCAGUCCUCGCUAUAGCCCGCCGGCAGAAGCGGGAGAAGCUCUCGCAGAUCUCGGUGGACGACGAUGAGCCGGCGGAAGAGGAGAACAGUAGUUCGGGCUCCUCCGCAGAGCUUCUCUUCAUGCGCGGAGAUUCCCUGGACACGGUGUUUACCUCUUCGCCACCAAUUCAGGGCGGCCGACGCAGUAUAUCACCCGGCCCAGGACCGAGUCGGCAUCAUGCCGCUUCGGCCAAUGCUCUGAACUGUCCCAGCAGCUACUACAGCGGCCCGGGCACGCUGAGCACACGGCAUGCCCAGAGCCAUCCCAGCUUCUAUACGGGGCAGGGGAAUGGACGCAGCAGCAGCAGAGGAUAUCGCGAGUGGAGUGGAGCCGCUGCCGAUGGCAGGUUCAGUGGGGCGGACGGUAGCGGACCCAGUGGCAUGGUGGUCUCGGACGUAACGGGCAACCUCACACGGCUCUCGGAUAGCGUGAUUCUGGACAUUGGUGAGAGCUCCAGCUCGAGCUCCUCGUCGAGUAAGCUGAACAUUGCGGAAGAGGAGGACGACGAGGACGAAGAAGAAGCGGAAGCGGAAGCAGAGCCCGAGGCGGAUGAAGAACUUACCGCCAGUGGGACCGGGAACAACGAUUGGGAGGUGCGAAUGCUGGCCGCCGAGAUGGAGCGGCAGGAGCGCAAGCGCGGACACUCACUAUCCGACAAUCUGGGCGACCUGAAACACUGCAGCACGUUCUUGCGUCGGCGCCGCAAGUUCAGUGACACCGAAACGGAGUUCAGCGAGACGGACAUGGACGAGCAGUUGGCCAGAGGCUCCGGCGGCCCCAUUGGUAGCGGCACCGGCGGCUUGGCUGGUGAGGCGCCCGCAACAGGAGCUGGACCCACAUCGAGUGGAAGCGGGAUCCAGAGUGGCAGCCAGCGGCCGAGGGCUUCCAGUCUGGACCAGUUCAACCUGCGUUACGGCAUCGGGCGUGGCAUCUUCAAAGCAAUGAGCAUCGAUCGUGAUAAAGACAAGCUUUGAGAACUAUAACCGCGACCAAAUAUCGCCCUAUCCCCUAACCAGAGAACACCUUCCGUAUCCAAUCCCAUAGCAGCCACAACACUGGACGAGGACAACCCAUAAGCAAUUCGGACAGUAUUACAAUGGUACAAGAACUAAAUAUAUAUAUAAAACCCAUAUAUAUAUAUAUAUAUAUAUACAUAUAUAUAUACACUUCGAUAUACAAACUAAAGAGGAAAUAUAGAUCUAUAUUCUAUAUUGUAUGUUUAGCCUUAACGAUCCCCCAAAAUGGAAACCAAAGAAGAAAGAAACCCAAAUAUAGUAUACAUAUAUAAAGUAAAACAUUCAAAUAGGAUAUAUAUACUAUAUAUAUUUCCAAGUAGAAUUAAAGGAAAAACUACAACUAAACCAAGAACAACACACAAAAUAGUCAGAGAGUUCCUCCACCCAUGUUCCAGCAUCAGCUCUAUAUGGUUUCGCUUUCGUUUAUUUUGUAUUGCCUGCUACGAAACCUGGCAAAAGAACAAACCACUGGGAAAUUUAUAUCUCAACGAUGUCAGUCCGCUUAUUUCUCAGUGGAUAAUGCUAGGAUCUUUUUGAACUCUUAGACAAACCAAUUCUAGUGGGAUUUUGAUCUGCCAAUUUCAGGCGUUAUUUUAUUGCCAUUCUUGCUUCAUUUUGCUAGGACUUAGAUUAAUAAGAAGGUACUAAUAAGUACUAUGUAUAUAGGUGUUUGAGUGCUUGAUUGAUGGAUGAUUGAGAAAUUAGUGUCUGCGUGCGUGCGUGCGAGCCAGAUGAUGAUUCCCACAUUAAACCGUCCUAAAAAACGUCCAUGCCAUCACGAGCAUGUUUUUUCAGUGUCUGUAUCUAUAUCUCAAUAUUAGAAUUUACCAUUUUUUCACCGUAUAGGUGUACCGAUCGAUCAGUUUUCGUUUCUGGAACAUUGUGGCAGGGACGGGCUCUCUCUAUAAAAAUGUAUAUACCUCUUAUUAUUAGAGACUAUGGAACAUAUAUAUACAUAUAUAUUUUAAGUACGUAUAUAUAUAUAUACACACAGAAAUAUACAUAGUUAUAUAUACAUAUAUAUUGAUAUAUAUAUAUGAACUAGUCUAAUGAAAACCGAAAGCUUUAAUAACUGAUAUAGAAAACUAUUUAAGAAACGUUUUAAAUACUAAUCGAUUCGGACAAAUGUUUUGAAAUAGAACGGGCAACCAUUUCAAAAGGCACACACAUGCCUAAAACACAUACGUACAUUACAUGCAUACACAUACACACAAACACACACAUAAAAAAAACAUACAUACAUAUAUAUCUAUAUAUAGAGCUUAUAAUAUGCAUAGAUUAGCGAUUUACUUGUUGAAAAACCCUCAGUUUGUGCUGUUGAGCCUAUCUAAGCGUUAGUCAAACCUAUCUAAAACUUAGACUAGAUGCCUAGUCCCAAUACUAUGCGAUUUUUACCCCCAGAAAAACACCCUCCCCUUCGGUUUCGUUUGCCUAAUCUCACGCUUGCUGUCUUUGUCCCCCGUUUCCGUCCCCGUCGCCAUCCCGUGCUCAUCUGAUUCAUCAUACACGAUCCCUAAUUGAGAACUAUUUCGAUAUAAGAAAGGCAACUCUAACACUUAAGUAGAUUAGUGCAGUCUAGAUCAAUUUCGAAACCGAAACUCAAGCCGUAAGCUUAAAGCUGUUUAAAUGUAUCUCUUAAGCGAAAACCAAACCAAAGAAAAUCUAAACAAAGGAACAGAUAGUUAGGUUUGUUUUGUUAACACUUUUUCUAUAUUUGUUUACCCAUCGAUCAACUUGUUGCUCUAGCCUAAUGCUAAACUAAAGAAAACGAGCCGAGACAGUUGCAGUUGCAGGUCCUAGAAUCAGGCCAAAUCAGUCACUCAAUUCAGAGUAGCCAGCAAGUAUAGUCAGUAGAGAAGUUAACCCUAACAGCAGGCACCAAUAGAGCGUUUCGUAGCGACAACUUACUUAGCAGCAAAAGACGACGUAACUGUACUCAGAAACUUAUCCCCGAACUUACUGCUAUCGCAAUCGCUAUGGCUAAGGCUAUCGAUAACAUCGAUAGGUCUCGUAUUGUAAUUAGCGCACUAAGGCACACGCACACACAGAUACACAUACAGAUACACGCCACACAUACACAUGCGUACUUCAACGAAAAACUAACUAAACGGAUACUAUAUCUACUUAUCUACUACCUGUAGUUAGCCACAAACAAACACAAAACUGAAAUUCAAGGAACAAAUACUCAAAAAUGGGUUCAAUAUAACAAAACAAAACUAAACAAAACAAAGAACAAGAACAACUAAAAAUGGAUCACAGCCAGCUAAGCAGUCCAACUAAAUCUAAUAAGACAAAAAACGAAAAACGACAAGCACAAAACUUAAGUAAUACAAAUAGUUACAAUACAACUAGACGGAGGAGUAGCAGGAAGGCUUAGGAAUAAAGGAGGGACGUAGAUGGGGAAGAUGGAAGCAAGGACACAAGGCCAAAGAAGAUGAACUUACCUUAUAAGGAAACGAAUUUUUUGAUUUACUUUAUUGGUAUCUAUUGGGUUUCUUUGUUAUUGAAUGCCAAGUUUAAAUGCAAAAAGAAACCAUUUCAAUUGAAUUACAUACGCCAGGGACCACAAAACGUUUUUUUUUCUCUCUCUUUUUUAUAAAAACGUGAAGUACUCGUAAUGUGUAGACACAAAGGGAAAACCUAGCAAAAUCUAAUUAUAAUAAAAGCCAUAUAAAGAAUGUUUAUAGAGGAAUGAGGAAAUCCAGUUAGGGUUAUUUCCAGAGAGGAUCAUUUAGCGUGGAUCAUAGCCCCAAAAGCCAACAUAUAGCUAUCCCCUCGACCCGACCCGACCCAACCCAAACCGCCCCGCUCCGCCCGCAUCCAGGGCCCAUUUCGAUAUAGCUUUUUUCGUACAACUCACUCUCAGUUCAAUUGUUGCCAACCAACGAAACACUGUGAGUCAAUUAUGUAUAUGGAUCAGUUUUAAAAAUUGUUUUUAACGUGCCCCCGAUUAUUGGAGAUAAAGAAGGAGGAGUUGGAUGAGCAGCAGUAGGAGAAGGAAAAAAAAAGAGAAGAAGAAGAGGAAGAUGAAGAAAGAAACCAAUUAUGAAUUACUCUGUGUAUUAUAUUAAAUUACUCGCAAAAUACCGCGAGCUGUUGUCGUUGUUGAUUUUAAAUUUUAAAUUGCUCGUCUUUAAGUUACCGAUAUUUUUGUACAUUAGUUUAAGGUAGCGCAUAAAGAGUCCCACACGAGUCUAAAGUAAAAAAUGCAUACAUAAUUGUAUAAAUACGAGUACAUAUAUUUUUUUUUCCUCCUAAUUGCUAAUUUCGCAAUGUUGACAGAUACUAAACAGCAUGUACUUAUAGUGAAAAUUAUAUGCAAAAAUGAAAAAUGAUAAAUUAAACUAAACUAAAAGGAAUACCUAAACCAAACAAAGAAAUUAGCACAUGUUAAAGAGCCGCAAAUAAAUGAAGAACAAAUGGGAAAUACAUACUCGUAUGUACAUAUGUACGAUGAAAGACAGAGAACUGCGAACUUGCCUUCGGUUGCGAGUUAAUUUUUAGUGUGCCAAAUCUACAUCAUAUCAACUUUUACUCACCAUAAGGUAUGAUGUUGCUAAAAUAAUACGAACCUAGAUACGAACACUAAGCCAAGAGAAACCGAUGCAAGUGACGUACUCGUAAAACCCAGUGCAACCAAGGUGAAAUAUGAAAGAAAAGAACAAACAUACAAACGUAUUUAAAUAAAAGAAAGAGAAAAACCAAAAAACAUUACAAAGAA